AUGGAUACCAACUCAUCUCCGCCGGGCGGUGCCAUAGAGAAGGCGGAGGUCAGCCCGCCGGUGUCCGUCAACGUUGCUCGACGGAUCAAGGAGGGCCGAGUUGGGUACGGAUGCAGCUCGUCCUCUCGCCGGGUUGCUAUGACCAUGCUUAACCGCGAAACGGGAAGGCCGUCCGAAUCACCACCGGCAUCUUUCUGCAGGUGUCCAGACCACACAUUGGCACCUCCGACAAGGGUGUCGACCGUUACCCCCAAGAUUGCUCUUCCACCAUUGGCGACGAUCCCCGACACGUUCUCAGCUUCCAGCUUCAUUGUGUAUUUGUUCGUCCCACAGGGUUUCUCCACGUGGUCAAAAAUUCCGUCGUCGACAAGGCCUAGAUUUCCUUCUACUUCGCAUAACGAGGAUGGAUGUGCCGCGCUGCAGGCUCAUGACGUUGAGAUGGAGCAAGCAAUUAUCUGGUGUCACAAGGCUGAGACGUCAUUCAUUCAACACAGCAUAUGCACCCCGUAUGCAGACUUACCUUGA